CCGUUGUAACCUGCCUUUGUUCUCUGCUCGACUCUCUUGCUAUUUUUCUGUGCUUUUUGCGUUACUCACUAUCCCCUUUUCACUACCUAAGGUUACUCUUUGUACUUGAACCGGGUUGCUCGAUAAUUCAGGGGUUUCGACGCGUUUGUCGGGGUCGUCGCCACGCUACUUCGCUGCUCGCCCAUCGCGCACCACUGGCAGUAAACAAUAUAACAAAUCAACCAGACUCUUACCCAGUUCGUGGUCGCGUGUCUACGAGCGACGACGAAUUGGGUCAGGAUCUGCCGCUAAACUGCAGUUAUAUUAGGGAAGCUAUGCCCCUGGAGGUGUCUUGACAAAGCGGAUACCAAGAAAGGGUAUCAAAUUCGGCCAAGCCCGAACCCCCCAUAAACGCCCACCUGAUAGUGAUCAAGACGAUUAAUGAAUGCUUUUGCUGCAUCUCCGUGGAUGGGCGAGCAUAAAAUCAUUUUGGGGUUCGAUAUUGGUACAACAUUUUCUGGAGUAUCUUAUGCAUAUCUCUUUCCAGGCGGUCCCCAAGCGGUCUCAAGAGUUAAUGCAUGGCCAGGGCAGGGCGCCUACCGAAGCGAAAGCAAGAUUCCGACCUUGGUAUGGUACGACAAUAGUAAGAAAGCUACCGCCUUUGGCGCUGAGGCAUUAAGCGCCGAAAUGCAAGAUGAAGCGGAGGACAGUGGAUGGACCCUCGCAAAGCAUUUCAAACUUCAUCUGCACCCACAGACUAUGAAGGAGAAGUAUAAUUUGACUCUUGAUCCCUUGCCUGACGGUGUUCCCCUUUCGACGAUAUACGAAGACUUGUUCGGUUAUCUCAUUAAGCACACUCAAGACACAUUCAUUCACCGUGUCCUCGAUGGGGCUCAUGUAUGGAAGACGUAUAUCCCCUCUGCCGAUGUUGUCAUUGCUCACCCGAAUGGAUGGGGCUUGAGGGAACAAGACUUUAUGCGUAGAGCGGUAGUGGCCGCUAAUAUCGUCCCCGAAUCUGAAUCACAUGCCCGAAUCUUCUUUGUCACCGAAGGAGAAGCUUCUGUCCACUACUGCAUGUUUCAUGCCGACCUAGUAUCACAACUUAAGCCGAACGUGGAAUUUGUUGUCUGCGAUGCGGGUGGGUCGACAGUCGACACAACCACUUACUCGGUGUCGGUAGUCCGUCCACAGCUUCAGCUUCGCGAAGCAAAACCAUCAGCUUGUAUUCAGGCAGGUGGUAUAUUCGUGAAUAAAGCUGCAGAAGAGUACUUCAGACGCGUAUUCUCAAACCCAGAGGCGAGUCUUCGGCCUGAUGAAAUUAAGGACUUUGUCCAGCAUGCUGUAGACGAUUUUGAGGCAAACGCCAAGAAAGCCUUUCAGGACAAGGACAUGACCAGUAAAGGAAGUGUGGACAUAGGGCAGAGUCGAUACACCAAUCCGACUUUUGGUGUGAAGCGUGGGCGGAUGAUGUUGGAUGGACCAACCAUUGAGACAUUCUUCCGACGGGCCGUAGACCAGAUUGUCGACUCUCUGAAGGAACAAAUGUCUGGCAUCAACUGCAAGCAUAUUCUGCUUGUCGGAGGAUUCGGGGAGAAUCUAUACCUGAGAGAAAUGCUCAGUAGGGUUUUUGAGAUAAGAGACACCCAAAUUGUUACUGCAAACGACUCCACAGCUAAGGCAGUAUCGGAUGGUGCAGUUAUUUGGCGUGCUACAUCCUCAGUCGUUGCACGAGCUUGCCGCUUCCAGUACGGAAGCCCUUUGAACGUGAAAUACGAUUCAAAGAACCCGCUGCACAGUGGGCGCUUACCUUGGAAAGACAUUGAUGGACGCAGUGCAAUUUCCGGGGUAUGGGGUCCUAUCGUCAACCGCGGGGACGUCCUCCAGCCGGAUGAAGGGUUUUUGAGGGUUGUGUCCCGGAAUUACAAGUCCCCUAAGCUUGGACGUGUCUCGGAUGCGAUAUAUGCCAAUACCCUAAUUGGUCGGGAAACGCCGUACUACUCAAUCGAUGAGAACGGAAACCUUGUUCCAGGGUUUGAAGCGGUGUGCAACAUUUCCGUGGACCUGAGUAGGCUGUCUGGACUUCUGAAAAAAUGUCAGGGACCCAAGGGAACAUACUGGCAGUUGACUUAUGGGAUCGGCAUCGAAUUCGGUGGAACAGAACUUCAAGCAUAUCUUGAAUGGACUGAAGGUGGAAAGACGCACAAGAGCCCGGCUCAAAUCAUCCCAAACUCGUUAAUGUGAAUGCACUCGGUGAUAUGAUUGAAUUCCGUCGUUCAGAUAAUCCUUGUUUCUCAUGAUUUUGUUUGUCGUGAACACACUUUUCCACCGGCCCAGGAUGAGGCUAGCGAGUUAUCUCGAUUAUAAAAAUUGAAUGCGGGUCAACGUUAUUCAUAGCCAAGAACAGCAGCAGGUGAACCUACGGCUGUGUUCAGUUGGAGCACCGUUUUCAGGCCAUCGGGCAAAUACAGUCUAAACUUUGAAUUGUGCCGUACUGUGGGCGCGUACAACGAUAGGGCACGGUUUACCAAUGGAUCCCAUUGACUUUAGUAUAUUACAUGCGGGAG